AUGGUACAUCUUAAAAAUGGUGAUCCAGAACCUUCAAUUGAUCCUAGCAAGUAUACACUGUUCGCCUAUCGAUUUUGUCCAUUUUGUGAACGUGUCAGAUUGACACUGAAUUUUCAUAAAAUUGAUUAUGAUUUAAUUCUAGUUUCAUUGAAUGAUAAACCGGACUGGUUGCUGAAGUAUUCACCACAGGGUAAAGUUCCCCUGCUUAUUAAUCAAGGUGAUAAACUGUUGGAAUCGGAUUUAAUUAUGCGAUUUGUUGAUGAAUUACGUGGAGAAAAAUCUGCUCUGAUGUCAGUCUGUGGUCCAGAAGUUUUCCAACAAGCCGCUGAUUUGGCUAGAAAGUUUUUCAGUCCUGGACAUGUAAUAUUGUUUGAUAAAACUUUCAGUGAUUCAGAUGUGACACGAUUUCGUGAAGUAUGCUCUGAACUAGAUCAAUCGAUAAAGAAUAAAUACUUUGCAGGUGAUCAAUUAAGUCUAGCCGAUCUAGUUCUGUUCCCUUUGAUUGAUCAUUUCGAAGCUAUUUUAGGUGUUAUACAUGGCACUGAGCCAGAGAAAGUUCAUGAAUUCAAAUUAAAUGAAUCUGGUAGUGGUGAUGAGGCGGCGGCUUGGCCAUGUUUAGUGAAAUAUUUGAAUACCCUUAGACAAGAAUCCUUCAUUGCUGAUAGCCGUAAAACAAGUCAAUUGUUGGCAAAAUAUGCUGCCACCAGACGAUCAGGAUGUCCAAAUCCUGAGAUCAACUAA